AUGAAUGAAAAACUUGGCAACAUGGAAUUAGUAAAUGAAAAUAUUACUGACAAAUAGAAUUAUCUGGAUUUAGAAGCCUUAUUAAUGUUUGGUUGUUUGUAAUUAAACUAUUAAGAAUAUGAGUAAAUGAUACAUUUGCCUUGA